AUGGCACUAGGUUCGGAAAGAUUACAUCACGCACCACAAAUGCCUCUUGGGGGCAACUAUUUAAAGCACAUUCCCAUUGCACCGGCUAAUCAUUUGAGUUUAGAUGGACCCAGACUCAAUAAACGUUACGUUUAUGCAAACAAACCAUACGGAGGUAUUGAAACUAAUCCGUCGGUCAUUCGGCGAAAUGCUCGUGAGAGAAAUCGUGUGAAACAAGUGAACAAUGGAUUUGUCAGUUUGCGGCAACACAUUCCACCAGCGAUUGUAGCCGAUUUGAGCAAUGGAAAACGGAUUGGUGGCAGUAAGAAGCUGAGCAAAGUUGAUACAUUACGAAUGGCCGUCGAGUAUAUUCGUCGGCUGAAAAGUCUUUUGGACGAGGAAAACAAGGAUUCAAACAAAAAUGCAAAUACAUCUGAAGGCUUUGUGGAAGAUGUUCAUCAAAAUUAUUCCCCCAAUCCAAUCAAUUCAAUGUCCUUCUACGAUGAACAGAAUCAAGGCUAUGAGCAUCAGUAUUAUAUUACACCUUCUGGCUGCCAGGAUACGACAGCGGCGCUAGUAUCUCCUACAUCAUCGAACUACAGUGAUGGAUAUUUUUCGUCAGCUGAACAAGUCGAGCCAAAGUCGCAUAUUAAAUUUGAAAAUUCUUUUGAUGAUUUUAAUAAUUCAGCAGAAGAUGAAGAACUUUUGGAUUAUAUUUCUUUGUGGCAGGAAGAUAUGUGA